GAUGAAGUUGGUAAUGCGCAAGAGAUUUAUACCUAGCCACUACUACAGAGACUAACAUAGGAAGUUGCAAGGGCUGGUUCAAGGGUCCAUGAGUGUGGAGGACUAUUACAAGGAGAUGGAGAUAGCUAUGAUUAGAGCUAAUAUAGAGGAAAAUCGAGAGGCUACCAUGGCAAGGUUUAUUGGUGGCUUAAACAAGGAGAUUGCCGAUGUGGUGGAUUUGCAACACUAUUUAGAGAUAGAGGAGCUGUUGCACAAGGCUAUCAAGAUGGAGAAACAAAUCAAGACCAAAGGGUACAAAUCUGGUUCAGCCUCUAGAUCUACAUGGAAGACAACUUGGAAAGACACUAAAUCAGCCUCAAGGCUAAAAGGAGAUGCAAAGCCAAAGGAUUCGGUUGUUGUUUCAAAAGGUAAAGCUGAAACCAAAUCUUUUUCUAAAUCUUGUGAUAUUAAGUGCUUUAGGUGUCAAGGGCGUGGACAUAUUGCAUCUCAAUGUCCAAAUAAAAGAGCUAUGAUUGUGUUGGGGAAUGUUGACAUAGAAAGUGUUAGUUCAAGUGAUAAUGACAUGCCACCAUUGGAGGAUUGUUCUGAUGUUGAUGUUGAAGAACUCGUUCAUGGAGAUAUGUUGGCUGCAAGGCAUGCACUAAAUAUUCAGCCUAAGGAUAAUAAUGAUAACGAGCAACGUGAGCACAUUUUCCAUACAAGAUGCCAUAUUAAAGACAAGGUAUGUAGCAUGAUUAUUGAUAGUGGAAGUUGUACUAAUGUUGCUAGUACUUUGUUGGUAGAUAAGCUCAAUCUAGAAACCUUCAAGCAUCCUAAGCCGUAUAAGUUGCAAUGGUUGAAUGAGUGUGGAGAAAUUAGAGUAACCAAGCAAGUUUUAGUUGUCUUCUCUAUCGGCAAGUACAAGAAUGAGGCUCUUUGUGAUGUGGCACCAAUGCACGCUGGUCAUAUACUUUUUGGCCGACCAUGGCAGUUAGAUAGGAAGGAGUUUGAAGACUUGUUUCCCGAAGAGAUUCCUCAUGGAUUACCUCAUUUAAGAGGUAUUGAGCAUCAAAUCGACUUCAUACCUAUUAUCAUACCAAAUCGACCUGCCUAUAUAACUAAUCUUGAGGAGACAAAGGAGAUUCAAAGGCAAGUGGAUGAGUUGGUGGAAAAGGGAUUUGUCAAAGAAAGUCUUAGCCCAUGCUCGUUUCCUGUCAUUCUAGUCCCAAUGAAAGAUGGAACAUGGCGCAUGUGUAUUGAUUGUCGAGCCAUCAAUAAGAUCACAGUAAAGUAUAGACAUCCUAUCCCUAAAUUAGAUGAUAUGCUUGAUGAGUUGCAUAGUUCGUGUGUGUUUUCGAAAAUUGAUUUAAAGAGUGGCUACUAUCAAAUUCACUUGAAAGAGGGAGAUGAAUGGAAGAUUGCAUUUAAAACUAAAUAUGGAUUGUAUGAAUGUUUGCAAGGUAUUAGUGUGGAUGAAGAGAAGGUAAAGGUGAUAAGGGACUGGCCUACACCUAAUAAUGCGAACGAGUGGGAAGAUGUGCAUGAUCAGGCUUUCAAUACCUUGAAAGAAAAGCUUACUAAUGCACCUUUGUUAUGUUUGCCUAACUUUGAUAAAAUUUUUGAGGUAGAAUGUGAUGCAUCUGGAAUAGGAAUAACGGCUAUUUUGAUGCUAGAUUCCAAACCAAUUCCUUACUUUAGUGAAAAGCUAAGUGGGGCAGCCUUGAAUUAUCCCACUUAUGACAAGGAACUUUCUACAUUGUUUAACAAAAGACAUGCUAAGUGGCUGGAGUUCAUCGAAACGUUUCCUUAUGUGAUCAAGUACAAACAUGGAAAGGAAAACAUUGUUGUCGAUGCAUUGUCUAGGAGGCAUGAAGGAUUUCUAUUUAGGAGAGAUAAAUUAUGUGUGCCUAUUUGUUCUAUUCGUGAGUUGCUUGUUAGGGAAACUCACUGGGGUGGGUUGAUGGGUCACUUUGGAUUACCGAGGUCUCAAAGUGGUAAGGACAACAUAUUUGUAGUUGUUGAUAGGUUUAGUAAAAUGGCUCAUUUUAUUGUAUGUUCUAAAACCAAUGAUGCAACACAUAUUGCUGAUUUGUUCUUUAAGGAAGUGGUUCGCUUGCAUGGUCUACCAAGAACCAUUGUUAGUGACAAAGAUGUUAAGUUUUUAAUUGUUUAUAGCUUUAAUCCUUUAACUCUGGAUUUUUUACCUUUGCCUACUAAUGAACGUGCUAAUAUUGAUGGUAAGAAAAAGGCAGACUUUGUGAAGGAUUUACAUGCCAAGGUUUGUGCUAAUAUUGAAAGGAAGAAUGAGCAAAAUGCAAUGCAAGCUAAUAAGGGGAGUGUGAAGGUUGUCUUUAAACUUGGUGAUUGGGUGUAG